CGUGACAGGCGCCACACCCGGAAGCAGGAAGUUCUCGCUGCACCUGUCACCAAGUUUCACUUUUCGAAAAUUGCCCUCUCCAAGUUUCGAUAGAGGAGAAGGAAACUUAACUCCACUUGUGGUUGUUUUAUGUCGUCAGUUGGGACUUCCAUGGAGGAGGCGGCGGAGGUAGCUGCUGCCGCGUCAGCACCCGUGCCCGUGCCCGCGCCCGCGCCCGCGGCCGCGGCGACUGAGAUGGAGAAGCAGCCCAGCACAAAAGCCGAAGAGCCGGCGACGGACUGCGGAGUGAGCCUCUGUCAAUUCGGGGACCCGUCAGGAGAGCCACAGCUGUGUAUAAAUCAGUUUAAAUGCAAGAAGUUCUUCGUCCUCAGGCCCGGCACGCUGCACCAAGCCAUCAAAGAGGUUAAAGUUCUGGUGGAUCCGCAAGUUGAUGGCAACAUUCUUGGCAUCUGGUUACUGGCAGAGGUGGAUCACUGGAACAACGAAAAGGAGCGGCUGGUUGUCAUCACCGACAUCUUCCUGCUGGUGUGCAAAUACGACUUUAUGAUGUUCCAGUGCGAGCAGAUCCAGAAGAUCCCGCUCAACAUGGUGGAUCGCAUCUGCUACGGAAGCUUCACCUUCCCGCCCAACUCCGUACUUUCCCGUGAGGGCGAAGGCUUGCGGGUUUUCUGGGACCGCCUGAGGGAGCCGUCCUUAAUCUCCUGGUGGAACCCCUUCGCCACCGACCUUCCGUACAUGACCUUCACGGAACAUCCCGUGAGGAAAAUCAGCGACGCCUUCGCCUCCAUUUGCCACAUGGGGAACUUCCGCGAGCAGCUCAAAGAGGCGGCACAAAAUGCCCACAAGGUCAAGCCGGUGCCUGGGAAGGCCAAUGGUGUCCUGCUGCUGAAUCAGAGCAUCUGCAUCAAGGCCUACUUUGGAUUCAUGUCCUUCCUGGGCAACUCCAACAAACUGGGCUACUGCGUGGCGCGGGGAAACCUCGGCUUUUAGCUCGCUUUCAUGGUACUUGAAUUCAUUUCUUCACCUUUCUGCAGUUUUCUGCUGACUCCGGAAUUGGCUUUCUGAUUCGGACCAGAUCCACUGGUCGGUGCCUUGGCAUAGUGUAAUUUUAGAAUUAUGCAAACAAAUAUAUUGUGCAGUGAACGCCCUAUUCGCAAGGGAUCGGGCCAAGUCUGGUAUACAGUUAUGGCAAUGUAGAAGGGGAUAGACCCAGUUUCUCAAAGAAAGUACACAACAGAAGCCCCUCAAUUCACUUCAAAAUAGUUCGUUGGCAUUUGGAUGCCCCAAGAUGCCAGCGAAGCACUAAGUUUAUUGCUUCGGCCUGCGCUCAAAAACAACGAAAAUGUGAAUUUUUCAGCAAAUAAAUGAGACUAGGUUCCCAAACACUUCCACCGCAUAUGCAAAUGCCGUACCGUGAAUAUGCGGGUGUUCACUAUUCACCAAAUGUGCUUAGCACAGUUCGGUCUGCAAUUAAAAUUAAACAAAUGCAUAUUUAUAUAAAACAGGGAGGAGAUUGUUUCACUUGUAGUUUUCAUGCUAGUCGUUUAUGUCAGCAUUUGCGCUACAUGCUGUUUAAAAUAGAUACUCGCUAAUAAUUUGUGCGUGUCACUGACGUUUUAGGCUGUGGGGUUUUUUUUUCCUUUUUGGGGUCGAUUCAAAUUUUAGUGUUGAAAUAUUCGGUGGGAAAAAGAACAUCACUUUUGCUGGUCUUAAUUUUAUUCUUUGUAUAAAAAAAAAAAAAACAAGAACCAGAAAAGGCCAACUUAAUGCAUUGUAAACACCAGUUUUGCUUUCUUUGGUUUGUCUUUGACUUUUCCGCCGCUGCUAGUGCCGCACUUUCUUCUUCUCCUGCUUACACCGUACUGGCUUGCUAGUUUGUCUCUCUGUCACAGUGGGGGACUCCUUUCUUCCUCUCACCGCAUCUCACAUAAAAAGUUACUCAGCACGCGGUUCACCCUCCUUCGAGAUCCACCCCAAGCGCAGUGGGGGGGCGCGGUUGUCAUUUUAGCUUUAUAUUUAUGAACAUACAAUUGUUUGUGUAUUUUCACACAGGCGCGCUUGUGUAUUUUGAACUGCGCUGCUGCGUUUGUCUGCUGAGAAUCCCGGCAGCUGCUGUCCCAUUCACACCAAAAAUGAAGCUAGUUUUGUGAUCACAAAUCUACAUUUGUUUCCUGUGCUUUUUUUGUUGUUGUUGUUCCACAGAAUGUGUGUGUUUGGUCACACAAGGGGCUCUAACAAGUUGACGAGUUUUUUUUCUGGGUGAUUUUUUUUUUUUCUAUGUGCGCUGCAAAAAAGUCUGACCAGCCGGUCUUUUGAUCAAAAAUAUACGUUUGUCUUGUUGUGUAAUUUUUACAUGGAUCUUGUGUGUUUUCACGAGGUGACGCUCCGUUUCUCUCCUGACUUUCGCGGCAGCUGCUGUCCCACUUUUACUCUACGUUGAGUAACCUUGUCAUUACAAAUAUUCAACCGGUGUGUAUUUU